UUUCCAGUAGAAAACAUGUCAAAGUAAGUGUUAUUUGAUGUCACAGACAAAGCAGAUUUAAUGAAUUUUUAAAGCUUUCCUUUAAUCUCUGUAUACCCCUUUAUAUACAUUUACAUUCACUGGUGGAACCAUAGAUCUUACAGAGUCUAGCAGGAAGGCAGCUCAGGUCAGGAAUGUCAUACAGGAAGUGGUCUCAAAUUAGACUUCCUGUUCGUUCCAUAGCUCUUCUGGGUGGAGGCAGUGCUGGGUGUUAUGGAGCUCAAGGUGAUGACAACAACAAGGGGAGGGGAGCGCUUCAUUCAGCUUUCAGUGCACAUACAACAUUAUUGAGCUUGAAACACUGGCUGUUUCAGGCUUUUUAAAUGCUAGGUGGUGGACAGUGAGCCUUUGACAGGUUUGGGGGCAGUAAUUUAAAUUCAGUACAUGAGGUUAAUGCAAAUAAAGGCUUGAAAACAUAUUCCCACAACUGAAGGAAAGGUCAUCAGGGCAUCAUCAACAGUAAAUUUCAUAUCAAUGUGACCAUUUGCUAGUCAACGAGCUGCCACUUCAAUGGUACAAUGUUACCACGUUACUGCAAUUUAUCUGGAUGCUAAACUUAAUCUUGAACUGAUUUCAGGAUAGCUGUGGAUGCAGAGCAGAUUGUUGUUAGAUCUACAGCAGAGGGAGCGACUGAGCACACAGGGACAGAACCUUGACUGCAGUGUGACAAGACUGAAGAACAGCAGCACUGCACCCAGGGCACCCUCAGUGCCAGCCCUCGGGGAAAAGGAGUCUCGCCGGGUGGACGGGCAGCUGAAAACUGAACUUCAAUGUCAGCAGGGGAUCAGAAGAAUGGUGGUGACAAACCAGAAGACACGAUGCCAGUGGUGGAGGUAUGGCCAGAGGUGGAGAGGGCCGAGUGUUUGGCCCGCGGUGCUGCCCUGAAGUGGGCGUCAGGUGUUUUCUGUCGACCUGAACAUCUGGAGCGUCUGAGCCAAUACAGGAAGAGAGAGAGUCAGAGGACCGCCUCCAUACACACCAGGCUCAAGUCCAUGGUCCAGUCCUACCUGGAAGGGGUAGGUUGGGGUCUGGAGCAGCUCCGGGAGGCCAGGGCUGAGCUGAAAGAGGUGUCACAUGCCUUGAAGAAAGCAGGUUUAGAGUCUAAUAGAAACACAGAGGGGGUGAAGGCUCUGGAGAGGCUGAGAGAAGUGUCAGUCAACCACUGUCAGCUCCUCGCUGCCGUCAGCAACCUGCCACGACUUUACUCUGUUCGAAGCAUGGUGUUGGAGACUGAGCGUCUGGUGGAGUCCCGGCGUCUCCUGGAGGCCCACGCCCGGCUGAUGGAUCUGGAGCACUGGCAGGAUGACAUCCUCUGGCAGCUCCACGGGGCUGCUGGGACAGCAGGAAGUGCCCUUAGCACAGAGGACCAAGAGCUGGUGGCCAAGUAUUUUUCUGGUGUGGGAAAGCUGGUGGACGCCCUUGGUAAGGAGCUGUGGGCGGUGGUGAGCAGUGCUCUGGCCCUGGCGCGACAAAACCCCACACCGUUUGUAUCAGCUGUGAGGAUAGUGGAGCGGGAGGAGGCCCUGGACCGAGCUUUACUGGAGGAGAGAGGGGGGAGCAGAGGCAACGCCAGGCCCCUGCCCCCAGGACGACCUCGCUGCUGGAGAGCAUGCUUCUUCCAGGUACUAGAUGAGGCGGUUUCUGCACGGUUUCGCAGCGUUUCCUACCUGCACACACGAGGGCCAGGUUUGGCAGGCCACCUCUCUGCUCUCCAGCACAGUAUCAUGGCUGACCUGGCCACCGUACGCCACCUGCUGGAGCACUGUGUCCCGUCACACUACCAUCUAACAGGAGCCUACCUGAGGGCCAGCCACAAAUGUUUACAUGCUCACUUGGCACAGGUUAGCAGCUGGGACCUGGAGAGUGGGGAAAUCUUUGCUGUGCUCAACUGGGUGCUACACAUCUACAACAGCCCAGACAUGAUGGGUCAUCCAGAGCUGGUGGCUGAGAAGGAGAAAGAAGAACUAGGACCUCUUAUCUCCACUGAGGGACUGGAACAGCUGCAGAACAAAUACGUACAGAGUGUUCGGAAGAGUGUAUCAGAGUGGAUGCACAAAGCUCUGCAAGUGGAGCUGCAAGACUGGCAGAGGGACCAAGAGCCUGACACAGACCAUGAAGGUUUCUACCACACCAGCCUGCCCACCAUCAUCACACAGAUGCUGGAGGAGAAUGCCCGAGUGGCUCUGAUGAUCGGAGAAUCCUUACGAGAUCAGACCAUACAGAUGGGACUGUACGAGAUGGAGAACCUGCUCAACAGGUUUCGAGAAGCUCUGGUGGAAUCAGGGAAGGAGCAUCGCAGGGAUCCGAGCAACAACAAAAACAAGUUCUACCUCCACUAUCUGCUGGCCUCCAUCAGCAACUGCAUCAUCCUCAAAAAGUCCACAGAGAGCCUGCAGCAGCAGCAGUCGUCCCGGUCAGCGGGGCAGUUCUCUCGGACUCCCCCCAACCCUCUGGCAGCUCUGGAUCGGGCGGUGAGACGGGCGUGUCGCCUGGUGAUGGAUCAGCUGCUGCUGGAUCUUCAGCCUUUCCUCCCAGGCCUGCUGACCCGACCCUGGCUGGUCCAGGGAGACCCCACCCCUAAACUAUGCAGCGUCCUGGAGCGUCACCUGGAGCUGUACAGCCGUGUUCGACCACCCUGCCGACAGCGUCUGCAGGAGGAAGCCCAGUGGCUGAUGGUGGUGGAGUAUGUCCGUGCUCUGAUGCAGAAGAGGUUGGUGUGUCGCAGUGCCGAGGAGAGGAGGCAGCUCGCCCAGCAGAUAGUUCAGGACGACCAGCAGUUCAGAGAAAUCUUCCACGGCCUGGAGGGUGAAGGGUCGGUACCUGAAGUCAAUCCGUUGGCCUUGCUACCCGUCCUGGCUGACUUUGUCCGGCUGAAAGACCCUGGUAUGCUCAUUCUGGAAGUUUCUGGACUUGCUGCCAAAUACCCUGACAUCAGUGAAGAGCAUGUGUCUGUACUGCUGGAUAUCCGUGGUGAUGUGUCCAGGGACAUCAGGGGGGCUGUGUUGGACUUGCUGGAGCAGUGCGCCCCCCCUCUGCCUGCAGGAUACCGACCCAUCUUCACUGACAUCCUGGUGCCUCCCUCCACCAUGGCCUUCUGUCUGCCCACUGCCAAGUGUGCAUAACAGUGACGGAGGCCAAGGCCUGAACUCCCGUUGUCACAUUAAAAUCAGGGUGGCUCUGGUUCUCAGAAGGAUUGUGAAGCUGCAUGUCCACAGCUCAUCAUUACACUGAAAUAUGCAGGACCAUACAGGUGAAUGGCCAACCUGUGUACAAUUCUGUCAUUCAUUAUUUAUCCAGAGAGCAACAAUUGAAGUUCCUUGGUUUUUUCUUCACAUUCACGGUGUUACAACAUGCAUAGUGGGAGCUGCUAUCUGUUGAGCAAAGAGAGAGGGACACAUUUUCUUUCCCUUCACCCAUAGGGUGAACAUACCAGGGAUUUGAGCUGGUGACUUGCUGGUCCAGGUUCACCUUAAGCCGAAUCUCAUUUGUCUGGUAAAGUUCUGAAUCAAUCAGCCACUGUGGCUCAAAAAUAUGAACUGUAAAGCAAUAUCUUCUACUCUAUCGCAGCUUUCCAUCGUGUGAUUUAUGCUACAGAUUUAACCAGACUUUGACAUUAAAGCUUGCAGUAUGGAGCUUUAACCAACAUACGCUGAAAACUUUGACUCAGAAAUCGUUGAAGAUGACAUCAGUAAUCUGCACACUGCUCUGUGUGUACCAACUCGUGCAUGAUGAUCUCAAAGGGAUGAUGAAGCUGUUGACCAGGUUAUAUGACAGAUUUCACUGACAGUUACACUAUAUAGACAAAAGACAAAUUGGGAUACCUGACCAUUACACCAGCUGAGAUUUUAAUGACAUUGCAUUACAAAAACAUAGACAGCUUUGCAGCUA